AGAAAGCCCCACUGUUUCGUCGAGGCCGUGAUUAGUUAAUAGGGACAUCGGACGUUUAUCGCGGGGAUCCUGUUUGCCGCGAAAUUCCAAUUCAGCCUGUUGGAGAAGUUCGCGGGGUUCUUCAGACUUCAAAAGUGCAGUGCAGUGCUCUACCCGUUGCCAUUUUCUUUGCUACCUCUUCAACGUCUCUCAAACUAUAAUUAUCGUCUCCGAUAUUCACGAUGGCCGACCAAGAGUUCCAGCAAUGGCACGUCGCCAAGCCGUACAUUGACCUCCACUGCUCGCUCGGUGAGGGGCCCUAUUACGAGAAAGCGACCAACACGCUCCGGUUCCUUGAUAUCAUCCAGAAGAGGAUCCAUAGCGUCUCGCUUAGCGAAGGGCCCGACUCGCUCAAGACCCUCCAGCUGGACAGCCCUAUAGGCGUGACCGCCGAUAUCGAGGGAGUUGACCCGCAAGACAAGAUCCUGAUCGCGGUGAAGUACGGCAUUGCCAUCCUAGACCGCAAGACGGGGAAGUACGACUACCUCACCAAGUUUGUGGACGGCGAGGGGAAUCCGAGGCUCAGAAGCAAUGACGGUGGCGUUGAUCCGCUCGGCCACCUCUGGCUGGGCACCAUGACGGACUUUGACCUGGGAGACUGCCAGCCCGAAGGCUCGCUGCUGCGCUUCGACCUGAACAAGGCGGGAGAGACCGUCAAAACUGGUCUGACGAUCCCAAAUACUAUCGGCUGGUCUCCGGAUUACAAGACCCUGUACUUUACGCACUCUUCGGCCGGUGAAGUGCUUGCUUUUGACUUCAACCUAGCCGACGGGAGUGCCUCCAACGAACGCUUGUUCUACAAGCACGAGGGGUCAGGCGGUCCGGACGGCUUUAGGGUCGAUGUGGAUGGGAACAUCUGGCAUGCCAUCUACGGCGAGAGCCGCGUCAUCAAGAUCUCUCCUCAGGGGAAGAUUGUUGGACAGGUGAAUUUGCCAACCAGAAACAUUACCUGCACCGAGUUCGUCGGGACCGAACUUUUCAUCACGACUGCGUCGGACGAUGAUGGUGAAGGCGAUAGCAAGUCUUACGGAGGAGGCCUGUUUAGGGUCGAUGUUGGCACAACUGGAGUCGCCCCCCAUAAAUUCAAGCUGAACGCUUGACUGAGAGUCACGGCUGGCAACGAAUCACGGCUGGGAUAACCUGUCGGCUCUAUGAUACAAUGAUACACAUCUAGUGCCCUCAUUUCGACCCUGUCAGCUACAUCUGACUUGUGAGCUGUGAACUCCAGUUAGUAGGUAGUUGGCAUUUCACUGUCGUGUGACACGGAGCAAGUGAGCGACAUGAUCUGGUCGAAAUGAAAUAUCCAUUGACUCGUUCCGACCCUCCAAGGUCCACACUUAUCAACUCCUACCUGAUUUCAGCGCACACAUCGUCACCGGAAGGAAUUCCCUGGGAAA